AAUGAUCCCGCUAUGGCCAAGCUCUGGUUCAAAUUCCAGCGGUACUUCCGCCGGAAACCUGUGCGCUUCUUCACCUUUCUGGCUCUCUACCUGACAGCUGGGAGCCUCGUCUUCCUGCACUCAGGCUUUGUGGGCCAGCCCGCUGUCUCCCAGAGUCAGGCCAACCCCGCUGUGGGGAGCCCAGCUGAAGGCGCAGAACUGCCCUUCCUGGGUGACUUGCACCUGGGCAGAGGUUUUCGGGACACAGGUGAAGCCUCCAGCAUCGCCCGCAGAUAUGGACCCUCGUUCAAAGGCAAAGACACCAAUGAGAGAGCCAAGCUUGGAGACUAUGGUGGAGUGUGGAGCCGAGCCCUCAAGGGAAGAGUGGUCAGAGAGAAGGAGGAGGAGCGAGGUGGUGAGGAUGUGGUGAUGUAG